AUGUCUAAAUCCAACUAUCUUCCUCAUGAACAGUUAUUAGUUCGGUUAAAGGAGCUUAUUGAUAGCGCUAAUGAGUCACACAAUUCCUUGAACGUGGCAAUGAAAAGACUUAUAAUCAACGAUUCAGUUUCAAGAUAUAAUGAAUUUGAUACCAACAAUCCUGUAGCAGUUAUAGCUAGGAAGACAAGGAUUUCUGGUAGCGGAAAUAAGGAGUAUCCGCUCCUUUUGAGGGUAUCAUGCAAUGUUAAGUCGAAUAAAGUCAAGUAUCACACUGUUGUUGAAGCCGAUUCUUUGGACAAGUUCUGGCAGGAUUACGUUGCGUUGUUGAAGUUGGGCAUGAACAACUUGAUUAAGACGAAGAAGAAGAAGUCUAAGUCUAAGUCUAAAUCUACGGGGAAGAAGUUAAUAAUAAAGUAA